GACGGUCAGUGCGCGCUUGCCUUCUUCCCGCGCCAGCUCGCAUCUCUUGCACACGCGCACCGGCAGGCGCGCGUACGGCCGUUCGGCUAAGCGCACGGAACGUAUGCCUAGCAGUGUGCGAUUUGGUUUCACGCUUCAUGUUUGCGUGCGCCUAGCGCCCGUGGGUGCCGCUCUUCCUUGCCUGGCGCUUGAACGGACGGCGCACCUGCGCAUAAGCUCUCAACGAAAGACGCCAUGGCAAGGCAUUGGAGCAUAGGAAUAGCAAGCAAAGAGCCACCACUUUGUUGGUGUCCACGUCCGUGUAAACGUCCGACUAAUGUUCCAUUCUCGUUUAAGGUGAAAGCGUUAUAGGCUCACAUUGCAGAAACCGUACGAACCUGCCAGCCAUGCCCGGAAGCCGUCCACCGCCGCCGUGCCAAGAACUACGGCAGCACGGCAAACGAAGCAAAAUGGAAACGCCCUCCUGUGCACUGACCACCAGCAGCGAAACAGGGAUGCGCAGGAAACGGAUACUUGCAGACGAAGAGAGCGAUGACAACGAUGACAACAACAGCGAUAUCCCUGGUGCUCUUGCUGCUCCUGAACAUCGAUGGCUACUUCUUCGGCCCAUACCAGAUGCUGCACUACCUGAGCUUCUCCUACCUGCUCAAUGGAGGCUUCUUUAUACUCCACGGUCUCAUGGGCGACAUGGAGCCCACGAGGAAGUAUCUUGUGACCUACUACGGAAGCGGAGCGCUGAUGUACCUGGUCAAUGGUUUCAUCGCUCUGUCAUAUCGACACGACAGAAUCGUCACUAUGGCCAUUAUGGUUCUGGCAAUCAUCCAGGGAGUCCUAAUGGCCGUUCUGGCGCUCUUUGUGAAAAUGCUCUAGCCUCGCUGCAACGACGUGUUAGACGUACGCAAAGCGUGCUGGUAGACCAUCUCUCGCCCAGGCGUCGUUUUGAUAAGCAGUUGUUGUAUGAUCAACAAUAAAAU